AAUAAGGAUCACCACAAACCAUCGUAUAUUUAUCUUCAGCCCCGUGGGAAAACAAAACGACGGCGACGAAGAAGGAGGAGGGCGACGAGAAUGGAGAAGAUAGUGCACACGACGGUCUCCACGAAUGGCAUAAACAUGCAUGUCGCUUCGAUCGGUUCAGGCCCUCCGAUUCUAUUCCUCCAUGGCUUCCCUGAUCUCUGGUACUCGUGGCGCCACCAGCUCCUUUCCCUCUCGGCCCUAGGUUACCGGGCGAUCGCCCCCGACCUCCGCGGCUAUGGCGACUCCGACGCGCCGCCUUCGCUUGAGUCAUAUACCGUCCUCCACCUCGUCGGCGACCUCGUCGGGCUUCUCGAUUCCCUCGGCCUCGACCGUGUUUUCCUCGUCGGUCACGAUUGGGGCGCCAUCGUCGCCUGGUGGCUCUGUCUGAUUCGACCCGACCGAGUCAACGCGCUGGUCAACACUAGCGUCGCCUUCAGCCCCAGGAACCCCGCCGUGAAGCCUGUCGACGGUUUCAGGGCCUUGUUCGGUGACGAUUACUAUAUCUGCAGGUUUCAGGAGCGUGGAGAGAUCGAAGAGGACUUUGCUCAAGCUGGUGCUAAGAAGUUGAUAACCAAAUUUCUCACCUCACGUAAUCCACGCCCACCGUGUAUUCCCAAAGCACUUGGGUUCAGAGGUUUACCUGAUCCACCAUCUUUGCCUGAUUGGCUCACCGAACAGGACAUCGAUUAUUAUGCUGAGAAAUUUAGCCAGAAGGGCUUCACCGGAGGACUUAACUACUACCGAGCUAUGAACCUGAGCUGGGAAUUGACAGCACCAUGGACUGGUGCACAGAUCAAGGUGCCGGUGAAGUUCAUGGUGGGGGACUUAGAUGUCACAUACCACAUCCCUGGUGUGAAGGAAUACAUACACGAGGGUGGCAUCAAGAAGCAAGUCCCCUUUCUACAAGAGGUGGUUGUAUUGGAAGGAGUCGGCCAUUUCCUCCAGCAAGAGAAACCCGAAGAAAUCACUGCCCACAUUCACGACUUCUUCAAGAAAUUCUGAGUACAACGCCCAUGUUUCCUCUUCAGAAAGAUAUGAGCUGACCAGCUUGGUCUGAGCCAUCCCAUCAAUGGGUUGCUCUUAAUUAAUGGGUUUGAAGAACAUGCUUUCGUGUUCUUAGUUUAGUGUAAUGGUUUUGAAGAAUUGAUGUAAUUGAUUCGUCCAGUGUAAUGACCUUUGUUAAGACAUUAUCCUCUCUAGUUGGGACAAAAUUAAAGACGCUGACCGAGUCCGAGGGUUUUAAGAUGAUCA